CGGGGCUUGGACAAGGGGCGGGGCUUGCCGGCCCAAACGGAUUCAGCUCGGAUCCCGGCGGCGGCGGCGGAGAAGAAGAAGAAGGCGGCGGCGAGCAUGAGCCGCUUCAAGGCGUCCAGGUUCCGGCACGCGGAGGCCAAGGUUUCCCGGAGGGAGGCCUGGGUGGGAGACAUCCGGGGCGCCUGCCCUGCUUCUGCUGGGAACCCCAUCAAAGCCAGCUGCCGCUGGAUCGCCUUCAGCACAGAGGCGGCAGGUGUGCUGGGCUUUGUGCCUCUGGAAAGCCGGAACGGGGGCAAGAGAGCCGUUUCGCAGCUGUGCUGCCACUCAGAUGUGGUGAAAGAUUUGGACUUUUCUCCCUUCGAUGAGCAGCUCCUGGCCACCGGCUCCGCUGAUGAAUCUAUCAAGGUAUGGCGCCUUCCGGAUGGUGACCAGGAACUCCCAUCUCCCCCCCACGUGACCCUGGGGACAAAGGGUGGCCCAGUGGACACGGUCCUCUUCCACCCCACGGCUGAUGGCGUCCUGGCCAGCGGGGCCCAGAGGACAGUGAAGGUCUGGGAUGUGGAGCGGCAAGAGACCCUGACAGAGCUGGAGUGCCAUGAAGACCAGGUCCAGAGUCUGGCUUGGAGUCUGGAUGGAUCCCUCCUGGGCACCUCUUGUAAGGAUAAAAAGCUGAGGGUCUUUGAUCCACGGUCCAAACCCACGGCCUGUCAGAGCGUUGAGGCCCAUGCAAAUGCCAAGGACUCUCGGCUGAUCUGGAUCAAUGCUGAAGGCUGUCUCCUUUCUGUUGGGUUCAACCAGGUGAGGGAACGCGAAGUCCGGCUUUGGGACACCCGGAGAUUCGGCAGCUCGCUGGCCUCCAUCACGCUGGACGCAUCACCCAGGGCCCUGAUCCCACUCUUUGACCCCAACACUGGCCUCCUUGUCCUGGCUGGCAAGGGGGAGAACGUGCUCUCCUGCUAUGAGGUUCUGCCUGGACAGCCUGCCCUGACAGAAGUCAACCAGUGUCGGACGGAGGCCAAGUCUCAGGGGGUGGCCCAGAUACCCAAACUGAUGCUGGACAUCAUGGCUUGCGAGGUGAUGCGGGUUUUGCAGCUGACCAAAUGCAACAUUGUCCCCAUCAGUUAUGUGGUGCCCAGGAAGUCUACCCAGGAGUUCCACCAAGAUUUGUUCCCUGACUGCACUGGCAAUGUCCCAGCGGCGUCUGCCCAGUCCUGGUGGUCCGGAGACAACAGCCAGGUGGAGAAGGUAAUCCUCCAUCCCACUCUCCGGCCGCCUAGCAAACCCUUCAUGUCCAGCUGUGUGCCUCCCUUCUGCCAGGAGAUAUAUGCCCCUCACUCAGCAGGGGAAGGCGACUGUACCGAAGUCCUGGAGACUAGUGUGGGCAGCAGCCUUUCCUCCCCCACCAGCUCCCUGACCUCUCCUUCCAGUGCGGCCCCUUCGCUCUCCAUCACCAGUGGCUUCGCCUCCAGCCCCAGCCAGCGGUCACUGCAAAGCAUCCUGGGGCCCAGCUCCGGCUUCCGCCACCUCCAAGGCUCUGUCCUUCACCGCAAGACCCACAUCACCAACCUUCGGGGGCUGAGUCUCACCACCCCAGGAGAGUGCGAUGGUUUCUGUGCCAACCAGCGGCACGUCGCCAUCCCUCUCCUGUCUGCAGGAGGGCAGGUGGCAGUCUUGGAGCUCUCCAAGCCUGGGCGCCUUCCAGACAUAGCCAUGCCCACCAUCCAGAAUGGGGCUCCAGUUUCAGACCUAUGCUGGGACCCUUUUGACCUGCAGCGCCUGGCAAUUGCUGGAGAAGACGCCAAGAUCCGUCUGUGGCGACUGGAGCCAGGGGGGCUGCAGAAGACGCUGCUGGAGCCGGAAGCCCUCCUGCGAGGUCACACUGAGAAGAUCUACUCCAUCAAGUUCCACCCUCUGGCCUCGGACAUCCUGGCCUCCUCCUCCUACGACAUGAGCGUCCGGAUCUGGGAUGUGGGCGCCAGGAGGGAAGUGCUGAAGUUGGCUGGUCACCAGGACCAGAUCUUCAGCCUGUCCUGGAGCCCGGAUGGACGCCGCCUGGCCACAGUCAGUAAAGAUGGCAAAGUGAGGGUCUAUGAGCCCCGGCUGGCCUCUGAGCCCCUGCAGGAGGGCCCGGGGCCCGAGGGAAGCCGGGGGGCCCGUAUUGUCUGGGUCUGUGGAGGCAAAUACCUGCUGGUAUCAGGCUUUGACAGCCGCAGCGAACGGCAGCUCUCCUUGUAUGGGGCUGAGUCUGUGGCCACCGGUCCCAUGGAGGUCUUGAGCCUCGACGUCGCCCCCUCCACCCUCAUCCCUUUCUACGACAUGGACACCAGUGUAGUUUUCCUCACAGGAAAGGGUGAUACUCGGGUGUUUGUGUAUGAGGUGGUCCCAGAGGCUCCCUUCUUCUUGGAGUGCAACAGCUUCCUGUCUAGUGAGCCUCACAAGGGCUUCCAGUUCCUGCCCAAGACGGAGUGUGACGUGCGGGAGGUGGAGAUCGCCCGGGCAUUGCGCCUCAGGCAGAGCUCAAUGGAGCCGGUGGCCUUCCGGAUGCCCAGGGUCAAGAAAGAAUUCUUCCAGGAUGACAUUUUCCCGCCCACCAAGGUUUGGUGGGAACCUGCGCUCUCAGCCACGGCCUGGCUGGGGGGCUCAGACGGGCAGCACAGGAAGCUCCCUCUUCAGCCCAAAGACAUGACCCCAGUGAGUGAGGCUCCAAAGGAUCCCCCCAGCAGGAAAUACCUCCCAUCCUCCGUAUACCUGGAGGAGAAGUCAGAUGAGCAAAAGAAAGAGGAGCUGCUGAACGCCAUGGUGGCCAAAUUGGGCAACCGGGAUGACCCCCUGCCCCAAGACUCCUUUGAAGGCGUGGAUGAAGAAGAGUGGGACUAACCACAGAAGCCAGGAUUCGGGGGGGGGGGGCUGCCAUUGCCUCUCCCCAACAAAUCUGGAACCAGAACUACUUCUCUUCUGUGAACUGGAAACACACCAGUGGCUCAGCUGCCUUCCCACCAAGAGUCUCCUUACUGUGCUCCUCUCUGCCUUCUGCCAACAAGAGCUGGAGGCUGACUCUGCCACUCUUCCUGCUGAGGAAGACCAGUUUCCACUCUUCCUGCCCUUUCCUCCACUCUGCUGCCAGCCUGGGCUGGGACCUGGCUGCCUCUUCCAAACCUGGACAGGUGCUGAACCCUCCUCUCUUUGACCACCUGUUUGCAGCCUUCCCAAUGGUAUGGCAGCACCACCAGCUCAGACUCAGUGGGACACAGAGGGGAUCCAUGGCUCCUUCCAGUGGCAAGCUGGCCUUCCAAGCAAUGGAUUUGCCUGGCAAGAGGGACCCACGUGGGCAAGGGGGUGUUCGGCUGGGGCCCUUGCCCCUCGCCCUUGGUUCCCUCCAUUCUACUUUUCUUGGGGGGCAGGGAGACACUGUGUAAGUGCUGUGGAGUAUGUUCAUGGCACGGUGGCUCAAGGCCCAGGCUCCAUCCUCUGCCCAGAGAGGCUUCUUGGCUUAAUGUCCUGGUGCAGAAAACUGGAAGGCUAUGGGUUUUUAUAAAACAUAUAUGCAUGUGGAAAUGUCCUCCGUCUUGCCACAGAGCAAAGCCAAGCUCCCCGCGGGCAUCCCUGCCUUGGUUGUGUCUUAAGUGGCUGCAUCAAGAAAGAGUGCUUCCAA